AUGGAUUUGCCAGAUUUAGAGCUAGAUCCUCAAUUAAAGUAUUGGGUGUUAUUACCCAUCUCAGUUGUUAUGGUAAUAAUUGGGUUGUUAAGAUCAAAUAUCACGACAUUGCUUAAACCCGGACCCAAGCUUGAAGAGUAUAAAAUGGUUAGAGAAAAGCAAUUCUUGAAGAGGGCUCAUUGUUUUAGAGAGAAUAAUAGUGUUUUGAAUUCUAUCGAAUUUCAGUCCAGACAGAAGUAUUUUAUUAGGAGUUUAGGCACUACAGAGUAUCAUGCUAAAGUGGAGGAACCAGACGCAAAGCCACUGAACCCGUUAACUGAUGCUGGGACCAAUGAAGCUCUAAUGAAUAUGGCUAAAGGCAACUUAAUGAAUUUCAUCCCACAAACGGUGAUUAUGGGCUGGGUGAACUACUUCUUCGCAGGAUUUGUUAUCAUGAAGCUUCCAUUUCCUCUCACCGAUGGAUUCAAAAGCAUGCUUCAAAGCGGAGUUGCAACCCCAGAUCUAAAUGUGCGAUAUGUUUCUUCUAUAUCAUGGUACUUUGUUAAUCUUUUUGGCUUGAGACCAGUAUAUUCAUUAUUAGCUGGAGACAGUGCAGCUGAAAAAAUAAUCAACCAGCAACUGCAACAAGCUUUGCCCAACAUAGGAGGUCCUGGGGAACCAAAAGCUGAUAAGAUAUUUAAGUCAGAGGCAGAGAAUAUUCAAAUCUUGACUCAUCGUUCAAUCUAUGAAGGCAUUGUCGACAGAGUGCUCGAGGCAAAUUAA